UUCUAAAGUUGUCGAAGAUGGGGUUAUUCUUCAGAAUGGCGACCAUAUUAAAGCCGAUAUCAUCGUAGCUUGUACUGGGUAUGACAUUUCGAAGAAUUUCUUGUCAAACUUUGAUAUUAUUGGAAGAAACAAAACCAAUAUAAAAGAACUUUGGACUAAAGAGAGUCCAACUGCUUAUCGUACCAUGUUAAUUAAAGAUUGUCCUAACUUUUACAUGAUUGAUGGUCCAAACAUUGCUACUGGUCAUUCCUCGGUGGUUAUGGCUCUUGAAAAUGCCUUGAACUAUUAUGCCAAGACAGCCAAGCCAAUUCUUCAAGGAAAGGCAAAAUCAAUGGUGGUUAAAACAGAAGCAUAUUAUGAUUGGUUCAAUUCCGUUCAAAAAGAAUUAAAGAGAAGUAUUUUUGGUACUGCUUUUGGCGGAUGUGUAUCAUGGUAUGGUGAUGAUAAUCUAAAUGCAACCACCUAUCCAUGGUCACAACUUAGUUUUUGGAAAAUCACCAAAUACCCCAAUUACAAUGAUAUCGUUUAUGAAAACAAUGACAAGAAAAAUAUGUGAUAAAAGAUUUUUUUUUAUCUAUAAGGUUUACAUAGCUUGGUUGAUAUAUAUUUUUUAAUAUUGUUUUAAUGACCAAGGUUGUAGAUGUUACCAAAGGUUGUAUUUGUAAACUCAUGACCACCACAUUUGAGAUCGUAUGAGAAUGCGACGUACGUGCACUUACCACAUUUAUGAAUCAUCACAAAUUUUUCAGGAGGUAAUUUCGUGGACAAUAUACUUGGCUUUUUCCUCUCCUCACUCCCCCCUUCUUCCCCAAUUGCCUCAAUUGUUGUUACAUUCAAUAUAACUCGCUUUAUAAACUAUAGAUCGUUUGUUUCCCCAAUUGUAAAGAACAUAUCGGUAAGAAUGACUAGUACAACUACUGCGCAAUCAUUCUCCAGGGAAAAAUUAGAACAAGCAUUAAAGAGAAGAUUUUUUUAUGCCCCAGCUUUUGAAAUCUACGGAGGUAUUGCUGGUUUAUUCGAUUUCGGUCCUCCAGGAUGUGCAUUCCAAAAUAACGUUGUUGAUGCUUGGAAGAAGCAUUUCAUCUUGGAAGAAGACAUGUUAGAAGUCGAAGCUACCAUGUUGACCCCACAUGACGUUUUGAAGACUUCUGGUCACGUCGAUAGAUUUUCUGAUUGGAUGCUUAGAGAUUUGAAGACUGGUGAAAUCUUUAGAGCUGACCAUUUGGUGGAAGAAGUCUUGGAAUCAAGAUUGAAGGGUGAUUUGGCUGCCAGAGGUCUUGAACACACCAAGCAAGAAAGUGAAGACAAGAAGAAGAGAAAGAAGAAGGUUAAGGAAAUUAAGUUGGAAAAAUUGGAUGAUGCUGUCGUGGAAGAAUACGAACACGUCUUGGCCCAAAUUGACGGUUACUCUGGUCCUCAAUUGGGUGAAUUGAUUGAAAAGUACAAUAUCACCAACCCAGCUACCGGUGGUAAAUUAGAACCACCAGUUGAAUUCAACUUGAUGUUUGAUACCUUAAUUGGUCCAUCUGGUACUUUAAAGGGUUACUUGAGACCAGAAACUGCUCAAGGUCAAUUCUUGAACUUUGCUAGAUUAUUAGAUUUCAACAAUGAUAAGAUGCCAUUUGCCUCUGCCACCAUUGGUAAGUCUUUCAGAAACGAAAUUGCUCCAAGAGCUGGUUUAUUGAGAGUCCGUGAAUUCUUGAUGGCUGAAAUUGAACACUACGUUGAUCCAAACGACAAAUCUCACCCAAGAUUCCAUGAAGUUAAAGAUAUCAAGUUGAGAUUCUGGCCAAAGGGUAUUCAAGAACAAGGAUCUACUGAAAUCGUUGAACAAACUAUUGGUGAAGCUGUUGCUUCUGGUAUGGUUGACAAUGAAACUUUAGGUUAUUUCAUUGCCAGAAUUUACUUGUUCUUGGUCAAGAUUGGUAUUAACCCUCAAAGAAUGAGAUUAAGACAACAUAUGUCUAAUGAAAUGGCCCAUUAUGCCUCUGAUUGUUGGGACACUGAAAUUGAAACUUCUUAUGGUUGGAUUGAAUGUGUUGGUUGUGCUGAUAGAUCUGCUUACGAUUUGACUGUCCACUCUGCCAGAACUAACACCAAGUUAGUUGUUAGACAAACCUUGGAUGAACCAAUUACUGUUGAAAAGUUGGAAAUUGAAAUUGAAAAGAAGAAGUUUGGUCCAAGAUUUAGAAAGGAUGCCGCUACUGUUGAAAAAUUCUUACUUGCUCAAACUGAAUGUGAAUUAGAAGAAUUCGACAAGGAAUUAAAGGCCAACGGCAAGAUUGUCGUUACUAUUCCAGGUAUUGCCGAACCAGUUGAAUUGGGUCCUGAUUUAAUCAAGAUUGACAAGAUCAAGAGAACUGAACACGUUAGAGAAUACACUCCAAAUGUCAUUGAACCAUCAUUUGGUAUUGGUCGUAUCGUCUACGCUGCUUUGGAACAUGCAUUCUGGACCAGACCAGAAGAUGAAGAUAGAGGUGUUUUGUCAUUGCCACCUCUUGUUGCCCCAACCAAGGUCUUGGUUGUUCCAUUAUCCAAUAGUCCAGAACUUCUCCCAAUUGUCAAGAAGGUUUCUGACUACUUGAGAAAGCAACAUAUUCCAUUCAAAGUUGAUAACUCUUCCGCCUCUAUUGGUAAGAGAUAUGCCAGAAAUGAUGAAUUGGGUACUCCAUUCGGUAUCACCGUUGAUUUUGAUUCUCUUAAGGAUGAAUCUGUUACUUUAAGAGACAGAGAUACUACUAAACAAUUGAGAGGUUCAUUCCACGAAAUUAUCAAGGCUGUUAGAGAAAUGUCUUAUCACCAUGUUUCUUGGGACGAAGCUACUACUAACCUUUCUGCUUUUGAAGGUCAAAGUCAAAGUGAAGCUUAGAUUUUGGUUCUAUAACUAAAUAAAAAUAUUGAAUUUUUUUUUUUCUUCUUUAACCAAAAAUUUCUUGAAGGAAUGCUUGGGCAUUUGGCGCUCUACCUAACAACUCCUUCAAGUUGUCGAUACUAUCUCUAGAUCCACCUCUAGUCAAAAUGAUAUCUCUGUAUCUAAUACCACUUUCAACAUUCAUUGGAUCUUUCUUGAAGAGGGUAUAAUAAAUAUCUGCAGCAUAAACCAAGGAAUACAAGUAACCAUAGUAACCACUUUCAUAGCCACCAGCAAUGUGUCCAAAUGAGGAAUAACCCUUUGUUGGGUUAUUGUCACUACUAAUCAAGGUAAUGUCUUCUCUUAAGCUAUUCCAUUUCUUGAAUAAAUCUAAUUCGUCUAAAUCCUUUUUAUCCUUGAUGGUAUGAACUUGCAUGUCAAAAAUACCAAAGAAUAAUUGACGUAAGUUGAAAAUACCAGUGUUGACAUGUUUAGUUUUAAUUAAUUUGUCGACUAAAUCAUCAUCAAUUGGUUCACCGGUCUUGUAGUGAGAUGAUAAACCUUUAAUUUCAUCCUUAGACCAGGUCCAAUAUUCCAACAUUUGUGAAGGAGUUUCAACAAAAUCACGCUCGACCCUAGUACCAUGGAAUCUAGCAUAUCUAGUUUGAGAGAUGAUAUUGUGAAUACCAUGACCCAAUUCAUGGAAAAAAGUGGUGACUUCAUCAUGUUUCAAUAACGAUGGUUUUUCAGGGGUUGGUUUGGUGAAAUUACAAACCAACGCAGUGACUGGAGUAUGACGAGUCUUUCCAUCAUCUUCUAAAUAACCAGGACCUAAUCCAAAGUUUGCUGCAUGGCCAUAUUUACCUUCUCUUGGAUGCAAAUCAAAGUAGAUCCAACCAAUAAAUUCUUGGCGUGGCUCGCCGUGCUUGAUGUUCUUGUAUACGGCGAAUUGUUGAACAUCUUCAUGCCAAACUGCACCUUUAGCUGGCUUUUCAAUUCUAACAAAUUUAAUAUCAAAAAUAGUUUCAUAGAAUCCAAGCAUUUUGUUAACUGUAGAUUCUAAUGGGAAGUAUUCUGCAAUCUUGAUAUUAUCAACACUAUACUUCUUUUCUAAUAACAAUUCAUUGUAAUAAGCAGAAUCCCAAGCAUACACUUUAUCUUCAGGUUCUAAGCCUCUGGAUUUCAAGUCGUCGUUUUUCAAUUUUAAUAAUUCUUCCAAUUCAACCGUAGCAACUGGAGUCAACUUUGUUCUUAAAUCAGACAAGAAAUCUAAAACAACUUCCUUCUUUUUUGCCAUUCUUUCUUCUAAAACAAAGUCGGAAUAAGUGUCAUAUUCUAGUAAUUGGCCCAAUUCAUAUCUAACCUUGAUGAUUUGUUCUAAAAUUGGUGCAUUUUCAGAGCAUCUGUUGUUGUAAGCAAUAUAGGCGGUCUUUCUAGUGUUUCCAUUAUGAGCAUGUUUCAAUAAAGGUAAAAUAUCAGGAUACUUGAAAGUAACCUUCAAUUUCUCUUCUCCAUCUUGUUCAGCCUUGGAAUACAGACCAAUAACAUCUUCAGGAACACCAUCUAAUUCCUUCUUGGUGAACAAGACAAAUCCCUUUUCUUCAUUCAAGUUUUUCGCAAAUUGAACACUCAAAUUACUCAAUUCAACCUUUAACUUUUUGAUUUUCUCUCUGGUUUCUUCAGGUAAUGCCAAACCAUUCCUUUUGAAGGCGGUAACAGAUUUCUUCAAAUAUCUUUUAGAUUCAGGGUCAAUAUCAGUGUCUUUCACUGCAUCGUACAACUUUUGGAACACCUUGUAAACUUCAGGUCUUGACCAUUCGGUAAUGGAACUCUCUUCAAUCAAUUCUUCAGCCUUGGUAGAAGCGUCACGUAAUUCCUUGUUGGUAGAAACAUAUUGGUAAAAAGUGACUUGCAGUUCAGGAAAUGCGUCCUUGUUGUUCAAUUCGGCAAAUGGUUUCAAAAGGUUGUCUAAAGUUGGCUCUUCCGUAGCUGCAAUUUUAUCAAAAAGAUUCUUUUGUUUUUCAAUCAAUUCAUUGGCAGUUUUCAAGACAUCUUCAGGAGUUUGUUCCCAGAGUGGGAAGUUUUGCUUGGCAGUUAAUGCUUCAAAGUCAAUUGACAUUGUAGGGUGUGGGAU